AUGAAUGUUGUCCCUGAAUAUUUUGUCAAAAAUGUCAAGUUUAUUCUACUGAUACAUGCCUUUAAUGAGUUAUGUACCAAAAGUUCAACUCUCUCAGACGUAAUACCAGUUCUGAAAAGGAUAAACAAAGUUCUCAGAAAUACUACGUUUGUUGACUUGAAAGGAAAUUGUAAAGGUAAUACGAAUUGCAGAAUGUUUACUCAUUAUUUUGAGGCCUUAAACAAAACUUUGGUGGCAAUCAGUGCACAUACUUGCGCUAAUAGGCACCAAAUUUUUCAACUUGCAAUCAACAUAUACUUGCAUUUAGUCCAAGUGAUGGCAACAAAACUCUUCUGCACGCAACAAACUCGUCCAAUAGACAAACUGCUGGCUCAUAUUGCCCAACCAGUGGUGGACAGUGUAAUCAUGGACCGGCCAUUACCACAGUCAGCUCCAACCCCCUUGCCAACAUAUUUGGAGCUCUUGAAAACCCAAAAGCUACCAUCUACGAAAUACAACCUGUCUGAGGUUGAACAAAAAGAUGCGUUAUAUGACUUGGCUCAUUAUUUCUUGACUGUGUUACAACUAAUUAUAGAAAACUCUAAAGAUGCCUUUACUCUCACAGAUAUAACACACAGAAAACUGCUACUCGCUGCUAUCAUUCACUGCUCAGAACCAGGACUGGCUCGCAUAUACAGAAAGAUUCAAUGGUAA